AUGGACGCACAGACCCCCGCACAGCAUCGAGCCGGUGUGUCACCUCGGCGCAAACAUCCUCGGCCUAGUGCGAGGCAAUCCCUCGUCCGAAGCCUAUUGGCUCUUCUUUCCACCUUUCGGAGCUCCAUCAGUCUUUUUCUUCUCCGUCGUCCCGUACUUGGUUGUUUCCGCUGCCUUCUUCGACUUGGUAGGAGAGACCUCGGGAUCCGCCUUCUUCUUCUGCUCGGCCUCGGCCUCGUUCUUCUCGGCGUCUUGGUGCGAGAUCGUGGCGGAGUCUUUUUUGAGUUCUUUCAAGGGGGAAGUCGCGUCGUUGCGGAUGCUUGUGGUGGUGAGCGAACGACUGGAGGACAAGGUGGGGUGGCGCUCAGAGCUUCGAUCGAUCGAUCGUUCGUGGCAGGUCCACUGGGGCACGGGCGGGCGGAGUACUGACGUGAAUGAUGUGGGAACCAGUCGAACGGAUCGGUUGACGAGUGAGAACAUGUUGGCUUGA